AUGUUCAAACUUUUUGUAUUCGUUGCUUUGGUGGCCUGCGUAGUAGCUGAGCAUCAUGCUUCUUCUUACGCAUCGUUCAAUAAUCAUGUUGAACAUUCAUAUCACCACGACGAUCAUCAUGAUCAUCACGAACCACAUCAGCAUCCAAAAUACGUAUACAAAUAUGGUGUUGAGGAUCACCACACUCAUGACAUGAAAUCAGCCGAAGAGGAACGCGACGGAGAUGUUGUCAAGGGAUGGUACAAAUUGGAACAACCCGAUGGCAGGACCCGUAUUGUUCAUUACACCGCUGACAAACACAAUGGCUUCAAUGCUGAUCAUCACCCAAAAUAUGAAUACAAAUAUGGCGUUGAGGACCACCACACCCAUGAUAUGAAAUCUGUCGAAGAGGAACGCGAUGGGGAUGUCGUCAGGGAUGGUACAAAUUGGAGCAACCCGAUGGCAGGACCAGGAUUGUUCAUUACACCGCUGAUAAACACAACGGCUUCAAUGCUGAUGUUAAGUAUUCCGGACAUGCUGACCAUCCGCAUCAUUAUUAACUGA